AUGCGUAUCUCGAAGCCCUUGGUGUGGGCCUUUUGCGUCCGCGUUACCUUCGCAGCCUUUGGCAUCACAACAUCAGGAAACAACUUCGAGGUUGAUACUGGAGCAGGACUAAUCUAUCAAGUUAGCAAAUCAACUGGAGAUGUUGUUAGUUUGAAGUACAACGGUGUAGAAUACCAAGACAGCAGCAAGUACACACAUAUCAAUUCCGGUCUUGGAACCUCGACAGUCUCUGGGUCACUUGUUAGUGGAUACACCAAAAUUACUAUCCAAUCUAGUGGUCUCCCUGUCACCCAAUAUAUCGUAUCCAAGAGCGGCGAUCCGACACUGUACCUUGCAACGUAUAUUACCGGGGAAGUUGACCCUGGUGAGCUUCGAUGGAUCGCACGUUUGAAGAAGAGCGUACUUCCAACCGGUGUUCGACACCCAGUUUCGGAUACCGUGGGGGGAACGGCAAUUGAGGGCAGUGAUGUUUAUCUCGUUAAUGGUCAGACAAGAUCUAAAUUCUAUUCGAGCGAGAGAUUUGUUGAAGACAAUGUCCAUGGAGUUACCGGCAGUGGUGUUGGCGUUUGGAUAAUCAUCCCUCCACAGGCCUAUGAAACAUCAUCUGGUGGGCCCUUCAUGAGAGACAUCAAUAACCAAGGCGGUUCGGUCCAAGAAUUAUACUGGUAUAUGAACUCUGGCCAUGUUCGAACCGAGCCAUGGAGAAUGGGACUCAAGGGGCCAUAUGCUAUGACCUUCACAACCGGAUCGACCCCCUCAGCGAAUAUCGAUACUUCCUUCUUCAGCUCCCUUUCUGUAAAUGGCUACGUUGCCCAAAGCGGACGCGGCCGUGUUUCUGGCACCGCCAGUGGAAUUCCUAGUGGGUUUGAGGGCGUUGUUCAUUGGUAUAACAACGACAAUCAGUACUGGGUUAAGUCCACGGGCUCUUUCACUUCUCCAUACAUGAAGCCGGGAACGUACACUAUGAAAUUGUACAAGGGUGAACUCGAAGUUGCUAGUUCUAGUGUAUCUGUUACUGCCGGAGGAACGACUAGCAAGAGCAUCGCAUCAACUGAGGCUAACCCAUCCAUUGUUUGGAGGGUUGGACAAUUUGAUGGUCAGCCGUUCGAAUUCAAGAACGGUGACAAGUUCUUGCGAAUGCAUCCUUCAGACUCUAGAAUGUCUUCUUGGGGUGGCACAUACACAGUAGGUUCUUCCUCCGCAAGCGCAUUCCCUAUGGCCGUCUUUAAGAGCAUCGGGGGUUCCGCCAUCGUCAAGUUCACACUCUCCUCGAGCCAACUCGUUCAAAUGACCCUCCGUAUUGGUACCACUCUUUCUUUUGCUGGAGCUCGCCCGAGUGUUACAAUCAACAGUUGGAGUGGUAGCAUCCCAGCUGCUCCCGUCAAGAUCGAUUCUCGAGGUGUAACACGUGGCGCAUAUCGUGGUUACGGAGAACAGUAUACUUGGACCGUUCCAGCCUCUGCUUUUGUUUCUGGCACCAACACCCUUACAAUUGGUGUUGCCUCCGGAUCUGACGGCACGGAUUACCUCAGCCCAAACUUCAUCUUCGAUGCUGUUGAGCUCCAAGGACCUUCUGGUAGCACGGGCGGCACAACUACCGCAACUACUACAACAACUAGAACAACUACUGCCGCCACUACAGCUGCGACCACCGCCGCCACAACUGGUUCCCCCGGUGGCUGCACAGCAGCGGUCUACGCGCAAUGCGGUGGCUCUGGCUUCACUGGCUGUACCAAUUGCGUAUCUGGCACAACCUGUAAAUAUAGCAACGAGUGGUACUCUCAAUGCUUGUCCUAA